AUGUAAAAAUAAAAUAUUAUUUCGACAGCAUUCAAUCACGUAGUCAGUACUUCAAUACAGUAAAACAAGAAUGGCGACUCGUCCUAAAGGAUUUGGAAUGACUGCCGAGCUAGCAGCAAAAAAAGCGGCCAAGUUUGAUCUUCAUCUCGCUAAUGAAGCAUUCGACUGGAUUAAAGAGGUUUUACGUUUUGCUGGAGGAGAAGGAGCUGCUUUAGCUGACACCAUAGAACCAAUCGAAAAAGAUAAGGAUGUACAAACGUAUCUAAAAGAUGGUGUUAUACUGUGUCAUCUUAUAAACGCAAUAAAACCUGGAAGUGUUAAAAAAAUCAACGACUCUAAAAUGGCAUUUAAGCAAAUGGAAAAUAUUAGCAACUUUUUAACUGCAUGUGAAAAAGUUGGUAUAAAACCUUUAGAUCUUUUUCAGACUGUAGAUGUCUACGAAGGAACAAAUAUUAAUCAAGUAAUAAAUGGAAUUUUUGCAAUUGGUCGAAAAGCUCAUAGACUUUAUGAUGGACCUGCACUAGGACCCGAAGAAGCAACUGAGAAUAAACGGGAAUUUACGGAAGAACAACUUAGAGCAGGUGAAGGAGUUAUUGGUCUCCAAGCAGGCUCAAAUAAAGGAGCCUCACAAGCUGGACAGAACUUUGGUAAAACAAGAGCGAUAAUAGAUUAAAUCAUCUCAUGAAAUCGGUAUUUUAUAUUUGAUAUUGAAAAAUGACUAUCAACUACUACCUUAACUUUUAAUUGUAUUUAUUUUGUAAGUUGUCAGGUUAUUAGAGUUUUUAAAUCUUA